CUUAGAAGGCAGCGCACUUCCGGUGCCCUUUCUUCUUCUAGUGCUGCGGGCCUCGGACCCUCGUGUGACGGGUGUGAUCCCUAAACUGGGGCGGGGUAGAGGCUGGCCGGCACCCGGCACCCCUUUCUGACCCCUAGUCCCGCAGGCCUCAGGAGCGGACAUGGCCCAGAACUUGAAGGAUUUAGCGGGACGGCUGCCUGCCGGCCCUCGGGGCAUGGGCAUGGCGCUGAAGUUGCUGCUGGGGGCCGGCGCGGUGGCCUACGGCGUCCGCGAGUCCGUGUUCACCGUGGAAGGCGGGCACAGAGCCAUCUUCUUUAACCGGAUUGGUGGCGUGCAGCAGGACACCAUCCUGGCCGAGGGCCUUCACUUCAGGAUCCCCUGGUUCCAGUACCCCAUCAUCUAUGAUAUCCGGGCCAGACCUCGAAAAAUCUCCUCCCCUACAGGCUCCAAAGACCUGCAAAUGGUGAACAUCUCCCUGCGAGUGCUAUCUCGACCCAAUGCCUUGGAACUCCCCAGCAUGUACCAGCGCCUGGGGCUAGACUACGAGGAGCGAGUGUUGCCGUCCAUCGUCAACGAGGUGCUCAAGAGUGUGGUGGCCAAGUUCAAUGCCUCACAGCUGAUCACCCAGCGGGCUCAGGUGUCCCUGUUGAUCCGACGGGAGCUGACAGAGAGGGCCAAGGACUUCAGCCUCAUCCUGGAUGAUGUAGCCAUCACAGAGCUGAGCUUUAGCCGAGAGUACACUGCUGCUGUAGAAGCCAAACAAGUGGCCCAGCAGGAGGCCCAGCGGGCCCAGUUCUUGGUGGAGAAAGCGAAGCAGGAACAGCGGCAGAAGAUUGUGCAGGCUGAGGGUGAGGCUGAGGCCGCCAAGAUGCUUGGAGAAGCACUGAGCAAGAACCCUGGCUACAUCAAACUGCGCAAGAUCCGGGCAGCCCAGAACAUCUCUAAGACGAUUGCCACGUCACAGAAUCGUAUCUAUCUCACCGCUGACAACCUUGUGCUAAACCUACAGGAUGAAAGUUUCACUCGCGACAGCCUCAUCAAGGCUAAGAAGUGAGCCUGGUGACCAAGAACUUCUCCCCCAGAGAGGAAGUGGAUCUCUUUCUCCCCUGGUUUUCAAGGAGUCAGCUAGGGGUCCAGCACACCCCUGGCCCACCCCAGUAUCAUGUCAUGGUCCCCUCUGCACCCACCCUCCCAACUGCUCUUGGAAGACUGACCUUUUUUCAAGGAAAUGACUUUCCUCUUCCCCAUUUUGUCCAGGGGUGUUGGAACAGUGUGAUUUCUCAGUAAUUUCCUACAGUGUUGGUUCCCUCCCUCAAGAUUGGGAGGAGAUAACCACCACCCCAGGAAUUCUCAAUAAAUUUUUAUUACUUAAACUGAA